GUAAUCUAUACUUUUCAAUGGUGUUCCGCGUGGGAUUUAAAGAAAUAAAAGAUCUACUCGAUCGCUGUAAACCCUUGGCGAGAAAGUGCGUGGUCAUGACGAUAUAUAAACAAGAUGGCGGACUGGAGAAAGUACUGCCUUAAUCCAGGAGCAGGUGGGGCCCUCCUCGACCACACCAAGCUUUAAAGAUGUCAGUUUCAUUUAUGCACAAUAACUCAAAUAAUGGCUACCGGUAAAACCCGCCAAAUCUCCGUCACCCGUGCCCAGAAACUCCCACCCAUCCGGGAGGAGACCUUCUCUAGCCGAGGAGGAUCCGGAAAUGUCCGAAUAUCCGUCAAACCUCAAGCAAAAUAUGAGGUCCUGAGGACCUCCGACGAUCCCCCCAAACCUCGACCAACUGUGCAUGCACGCCCCCUACCAGCGGACCGCUCCAAGUCUCCAAAAGAACGAAGGUCUCCCCAAUAUCAGUCCCCUCGUAAUCAGGCGCCUGCGCGACCCGGAUACUACAUGGCGCCCCUGACGCCCGUCGACACGACGGACACGUUGGUGGACGGGCUGGUGGCGGAUUACCUCCAUUUUGCUCAGUAUGGUCAUAUCAUUCCGAUAUACGAGGGUUCUAGUGACUUAACGUGUUCCUGUUGUACGGACAGAAACCGGGAAAAUGUCAGGACCCUGCUGGGAUUCCCUUCAAACAAUAAAGAGAAGCAGGGACUCCACCCUCACUCUGACCCCGCGCUCUCUAACGGUGCCGGUAACAGUUACCAAGGAAACGUGAAUCAGCAAUCGGGUUACAGUGGCGCCACCUAUGAUCGGACAAUGGCGGCGGGCGAUCGUCUGCGACCGAUGGAUCGGUGGAUGAACCACCAGCCCCUGCACCACGCCUCAAACUACCUUAACCCGGAGUUCAGUCGCCCCGCCAUGAUAUAUAACUACAACUUGAAUCAGAAAAGUCCACGAGACGAACGUGUGCGGAAUGAAAUCGUGUCUGCCUCCCAACAGUACGAACUAUCCAUGGCGAAAUUAGAAAAGUUCGGAUUUUGAAGUCAUUCUCGUAUCAGUCAUAUGUCACACCAAUUAAAAAUGUACAUGUAGUCCACGAUAUUUUCAUCAAUUUUUUUUUUAUUAUUGUAUGUAGUCUGGUAUUACCUCAGUCUUUUUUUACUUGAUGUUCUGUGUUUAUAUUUUUUUUACGAUCGAAUUCAUAACACUUCCAUCAGCUGCCCUUAUGACGUUUUCAUUGUAAAGAGAUGCAGUACAUGUAAACUAAUAUAUAUUUAUACAGAUUCUGUACUACAUGUAUCUUUAUAAUUUAUUAUUUUCAAUUUAUAUAUAUUUAUACAAAUGAAGCUGUUAACAACGAUUCUUUCGCCAUGUUGAUUCGCAGUCAUAAACAUAGAUGUGUACAUCAACUGUUUACGUACAUGAACUUUGUUUGUUUAAUUGUGUAGAUCAGUUCAAGAUAAUGUCUCAACACAACAUGGAUAAUCAAUGCACGGCGAGCUAACCGUCUUGUCACUUUAAUUACGGGAUAAGACCGUUCUGACGUCAUUUGAAUUCAUCUAUAGUCUUCCAUUGGUCCUGGGUUGUCUUCUGCCAGGAUAAGUUAAUUGUGUCUUUGUGUAUCGCUGUUCUGUCUUAUUGUAGCAUAAUAAUCAUAAACAGUACAUGCUAUAGAGCUGCAUCCUAAUAUCAAAUAUCUAGUCAUAACUUUCAAUCAUAUACAUGUAUAUUUUGAAAUGUUUGUGGGAAUAACAUUUAUUUGAAAUUCAUUUUUUGUGUGGAGAUUUUAUAAUCGGUGUUAGGAUAUCAUUAAUUUUGUUACAACAUUUUUUCCUUUAUACAAUAUUCGACUGAGUGUAUACGGAUGUAUUUGAGUACUAUAGUAUUACUGAUGAAGAAUCGCGUCCACAUCCAAAACAUCAUUUUUUUGUAAUUUCAAUAUAAUUUUGAAUUAAUUUCCCUAUGUAAUUGUCACGUCCACGGGGUAUUAAUAUGUGUGUUAAUGCUGCUGACAACCAUUAUCAAGAUUAAUUAACUCUCAUUACGUGCUAACAAUUAAACAGGUCUAUUGGUGAAUACUCACUGUGGAUACCGGAUAAUCCCCAAUCACAUUCCUUUUUUAUUGCGACUUUAAUCAAGAGAGAUAACUCUAUAGUUGUAUGUAUAGAAUGUAGGAACCUGAAGUUUUAUCAAUGAUACAGCUUUAAAAGAAAAUAAACCAUUUAUUAAAAGAAAGUGGUCAUAAAGAGUAUGAUUUUCUCUGUUUUAGCUCUAUUCUUGAUAAGACUUUGGACCCCUGUGGUAUAAUCACAAUGACGAUGGAUUAAGCCCUCCAAAACAAAAUGUUUUCUUUGUUGAUCUCAAAAUAAAGAAAUUGAACGACAACAGAU